UCCAAACUAUCGAAGGUUGUUACGAACAAAUCUUUGUUAUAUCUGGUUGUCUAUGAUGUCAACUGAAUUCAGACGGAUCGUUGAUUUUACAGAGAGUGAAGAUCAGGCAGGGAGAAUGUCGUCACGUUUAGAGAUAGCGCGCGUUAGAGCAGACAGCCUAAGGAUGGAAAGGGAGGAAGAAUUGACUAAUCAUUCCGUCCAGUCCGCUAGCAGAUGGGUUAGGUCGAGCUCAGGCGUGUCCACGUCUGCGAGUAAGAAACGUGGUCAAGAUGAAGAAAAAACGGAGCAGCGUAGCCCGUUGCUAAGUGGCAAUACAGAUGAAGAUGAUUCCGAGGAUGAAGAAAGACUUCAUUUACUAGGACCUAGUAGUCCAGAAUGGGCUAAAUCAUUUGAUCCAUCAUCUACACAGUAUGAUGAUUUCCACACUAUAGAUUGGAUCAACGAUAGACAACGAGAUCGGCUGAGACACAAACGUCUGAAACGCAGUCGUCGGGAAUCAUGGACUGGAUGCUUUCAUCAAUUACAUGAUGCAUGGAGUGGAUGGCUGGUUGUGUUUUUUGUGGGUGUAGCUGCUGGUGUGGCGGCUGGAUUUAUUGAUAUUGGUGCCAGCUGGAUGGGUGAUUUAAAGGAAGGUGUAUGCUCGUAUGGUUACUGGUUGGACAAAGCUGCUUGUUGUUUUCCAAGCAAUGACACAUUGUUUAACAUAGAUCAUUGCUCUGAAUGGAAGGAGUGGUCACAGUUACUUCACGUGGAUGGAGAUAAUACAUCAUAUGCUGUCAACUACAUUUUGUACCUUGCUAUUGCUGUUGCAUUUGCCGCUCUGUCUGCUGUGCUGGUCAAAGUGUUUGCUCCGUAUGCCUGUGGGAGUGGCAUACCAGAGGUGAAGACAAUUUUGAGUGGUUUUGUUAUUCGUGGAUAUCUUGGUGCUUGGACUCUUCUCAUCAAAGCUCUCACAAUGAUGACAGCAGUUGCUGCAGGUCUCAGUCUUGGCAAAGAAGGACCACUAGUACAUGUCGCAUGUUGCUGUGGCAACAUUUUCUCAAGACUUUUUCCAAAGUAUAGGAAAAAUGAAGCAAAGAAGAGAGAGGUGUUGUCAGCUGCUGCUGCAGCAGGAGUGUCUGUUGCAUUUGGAGCUCCUAUUGGAGGCGUGCUGUUUAGUCUAGAAGAAGUGAGUUACUAUUUUCCUCACAAGGUGUUGUGGCGUUCCUUUUUCUCUGCUUUGACUGCAAUGUUGGUUCUCACUUACAUGAAUCCAUAUUUUACUGGAAAACUUGUCUUAUUCUAUGCUAACUAUGACGGUCCGUGGAAUAUUGCAGAAUUGAUCUGCUUUAUUUUUCUUGGAAUUCUUGGGGGUUUAUAUGGAGCUAUCUUUAUUAAAAUCAACUUGAAAUGGUCAAAACUGAGGAAGACAAGUAAAUUAGGGAAGCAUGCAGUUUUGGAGGUGAUUGUUAUUGCAGUUAUUACUUCAGUGAUUGCAUACAUUAGUCCAUUCACUCGAGGAGGAGCAAGUGCAACUAUUGGUCGUUUGUUCAGACAGUGUGAACCAGCAGAUGUUGGAGAUCCUCUUUGUGACUAUGCAAUUCAAUUGGAAAACCAGCAUGAUAGCUACGUGUUUGGAUUAGCAAACAGCGAGUUAUGGAAAUGUGUCUGGGAAUUGGCUCUAGCCUGUAUCUUUAAGGGAAUCAUCACCAUAUUCACCUUUGGAAUAAAAGUACCAGCUGGACUCUUUAUUCCAUCGAUGUAUGUGGGUGCAUGUUUUGGUCGAAUAUUUGGAAUUCUUGUUCAACAACUUGUCUUUUCCAAUCGCACUCAUCCUCUCUUCAAACAGAUGUGUGAGGCUACACCUGGUUGUGUUAUCCCUGGUCUUUAUGCAAUGGUGGGGGCUGCAGCAUCUCUUGGUGGAGUGACCCGGAUGACUGUGUCUCUGGUUGUAAUCAUGUUUGAGUUGACGGGUGGUCUUACUUAUAUUAUUCCGUUAAUGGUUGCCAUAGUAACAAGCAAAUGGGUUGGUGAUGCAUUUGGUCGAGAUGGAAUCUAUGAUGGUCACAUUCACUUGAAUGGCUAUCCAUUUAUGGACAGCAAGCGAGAAUUUAAGCAUACAACAUUAGCUGCCGAUGUUAUGCGGCCUAGACCACGUUGUAAUGAGCCUCCUUUACAAACCAUACCAGCCACAAGUGCCACUGUUGGAGACAUUGAGCACUUGUUGGACGAGACUGACUAUUUUGGUUUCCCAGUUGUUUUGAGUGAGGAUUCACAGUUGCUGGCAGGCUAUGUCAAUAGCUCUGAGAUUGCACGUGCUCUUGCUCAUGCUCGCAGCGCUGAUACACAGAUUACAAGCGAGUCAGUUGUCUAUUUUACACGUGAUAUACCAAGACAUUUAGAACUUGAACAGAGUCAUCCUGUCAGUCUCAACUUAUGGCUAGACAAGAGUCCAUUCUGUAUUAUUGAUCAAACACCGAUAGACACGGUUAUUGAGAUAUUUCGUAAAAUGGGGCUUAGGCACACUCUGGUCACACACAAUGGUCGUCUACUAGGAAUUAUUACCAAGAAAGACUUGCUACGGCACAUUGCACAGAUGACCAACAUGGACCCUGAGUCGAUACUUUUCCAUUAGAAGUUUAUGAUUUCUAAUCUUUAAGUGCAACCAUUCUUCUUAUUUUGCAC